AGGCUCGCGCGGUCGCUGCCACAUCUCCCCAAACUCCUGUGUGGCUGGCUUCUGCUGCACUGCCGCCGCUCCCUCCUCCACAUCUCCCCCCGCCGCCAGGGCCGCCGCCCGCCGCGGCCGCAGCGCUGGGAGGGGAUCGCCGGGCAGAGGCGCGAGGCGGGGGAGGAGGAGCCGCGGCUUCGUCGCCCGGAUGGCGGCGGGGCGAUGACGCUGGCGGCGGGAGCGGAGGGUGUUGGGAUGCGGACGAUCUGCGAUGUGUGCGAGGGCGCGCCGGCGGUGCUCUUCUGCGCGGCCGACGAGGCCGCGCUCUGCCGGGCCUGCGACGAGAAGAUCGGGCGAGAGCGCUGCUCCACUGGAAGGGCGCACGGUGCGAUCGUUGGUGUUAUACUGUUAUCGGUCGGUUGGGCACUGAGAUCUCGGGAUUUGCUACUACUUGACUGCGAGCGCGCGUGGUGGAUGUCAGGGGUACACAUGUGUAACAAGCUUGCUAGUCGGCAUGUGAGAGUUGGACUUGCAAACUCUAAUAAACUUGCCCGCUGUGAUAUAUGUGAAAUUUUUCCUGCUUUCUUCCACUGUGAGAUAGAUGGCACCUCACUUUGCCUGAGCUGUGACAUGACUGUUCAUGUUGGUGGCAAACGAACCCAUGGAAGAUACCUGCUCCUAAGGCAAAGUGUUGAAUUUCCAGGAGAUAAACUAGGCCAUAUGGAUGAUGAUGUGGCUAUGCAAAGCAAAGAUCCUGAAAACCAGAUAGAUCAGAAGAAGCCUCCUCAUUCAGCAAUAAAGGAGCAAAUGGCAAACCACCAUAGUAGCUCUGAUGAUCCAGCAUCUGAUGGAAACUGCGAUGACCAGUUGAACCUUAAUUCGAAAAUGAUCGACCUUAAUAUGCGACCGGUUCGUACCAAUGGACAAGGAUCAAAUUCCCAGACUCAGGGUGUGGAUGUUAGCAUGAACAACCAUGACUCUCCUGGGGUGGUGCCGACAAGUAAUUACGAAGGAGAUGCCAACAAGUAAACACUGGAAGUUCGGAAUGUACAUUUCUUCAUAUACAUAUAUACUGCUCUAGCAGCUCAGGAGGGCAGAAUACGGUGGGGUUAGCAUUGGCAUCUCUGUUACUAUUGCUAUAGUAGUACAUUUCUGGCAGAGUUGGAGCUAACAUUACUGCAUCUCGAUCAAUUCGGCUUGUCGUGCCCAAGAUCUAUUUAUUGUGAGGUCAAUUCUCGUCGCGAUUGUCAGAACUCAUGUAACUUGCCACAAUGCUGCUGUUAUAGAUGCGCAGUGGCUGUCACCUGUGCUUUGGAGUUGGAGUGCUGUGCUAUGCCAUUAGAAAAACUGUACAAAAAGAUGAAUAGACCGCUCAUUUUUGUGUGGUGGCGUAUGUUCA